CAUUGGUUAAUUGAUUUAGGUUGGCAGUUGACUUGCGAUUGUGAUUGUGAACUGUCGAACUAAAUUGAUAAGUUUGUUUUGUCACAAAAAUAUGGUCAUAGUUUUAUAAAUUCAGCGAAAUCAUGAGAUAAGUAGUACCACAUGUAAACCUACAUUUGCAAUGUGUCAAGUGAAUAACGCAUAAACAUAAUGAAAGUCGUGUGGAUCAUGUUGUGAAAAUGCGAAGUGUUACAUUCGGAUUUAUUGGAUGUCACACGCGAUUGUAAUCUUCGAAGGGGUCUCCGUCUCUACGAAGAACCGUAUCGUUUUCAUUGUGGAUAAGUUACAUGUACGCAGCGGGAAUGACAAUAAUGGCAGUUUCUGUUGGCGAAAUUUGCGAGAACACGAAGUUGGCGAGGGAGAUGGCACUGAUGGGGAACUAUGAGUCGGCGCUGGUGUACUACGAAGGCACCGUGCAGAUGAUCCAUAGACUGCUCAUCACCAUCGCGGACCCUACACGCAAGUCCAAGUGGCAACUGGUUCAAAAGCAGAUGGCACGCGAGUAUGAGCAGUUGAAAGCAACGGUGGCUACCUUGCAGAUGUUCCAGCACGAAGGCGAGAAAGCCAUCACACCACUUGCGGGCAACUACGAAGACCUACCAACACGUGACCAGAUGUGGGCCCCAGCGCCACACGAGCUCGACCCCGAUAUAUGGCCCCCACCGCCUGACAGAGACCCCAACGCGUGGCCCCCACCCACCAGCGUAGAACACAAAGGGCCUCCCGCAAUGAAAUCAGCACGAGCUAACCCCAGGACGGCUCGCAACGACAAUAAAAAGACUACACCUGCCAAUCGCAAUGCAACCUCUUCACAACGAAAAACCUCCGAUGUUAGGAAUCCUAAAAACGCAACAAAUAAAGCACAUAGCGCAAAAACAAAGGAUACAAGCAAUAAAGAACACAGCAAUAAGGACAAGCAAGACAGGGACAAUAACAACGGUGAUACUGAUGAUGAGAAACAUAAAGACGAGGAGAGGAGGUUCGAGCCACCGUCAGCCGCUGAUGGAGACCUGGUUGAUAUGCUUGAGCGAGAUAUAGUACAAAAGAAUCCCAACAUCCGAUGGGACGAUAUCGCUGACCUGGCAGAAGCCAAGCGACUGCUGGAGGAAGCCGUAGUCUUGCCCAUGUGGAUGCCCGACUUCUUUAAGGGCAUCAGACGGCCGUGGAAGGGCGUCCUGAUGGUGGGUCCCCCGGGCACGGGUAAGACGAUGCUGGCGAAGGCAGUGGCCACGGAGUGCGGCACCACCUUCUUCAACGUAUCCUCGUCUACGCUCACCUCCAAGUACCGCGGGGAGUCCGAGAAACUAGUCAGAUUGUUAUUUGAAAUGGCCCGGUUCUACGCGCCGAGCACAAUCUUCAUAGACGAGAUAGACUCGUUGUGCUCACGGCGCGGCUCGGACAGUGAGCACGAGGCAUCGCGCCGCGUCAAGUCCGAGCUGCUCGUGCAGAUGGACGGACUCGGGUCUGCUACGGAUGAACCUGCUAAAGUAGUAAUGGUAUUAGCAGCGACAAACUUUCCGUGGGACAUAGACGAGGCUUUGCGGCGGCGGCUGGAGAAACGUAUCUACAUCCCACUACCGACGCAGGAGGGCCGCGAGGCACUCCUCGGCAUCAACCUCCGGGAGGUCAAACUAGACCCUGAGGUCGACCUCCGAGCUAUCGCCAAGAAACUCGAUGGCUACUCUGGGGCUGAUAUCACUAAUGUCUGCAGAGACGCAUCAAUGAUGUCGAUGCGACGUAAAAUAGCUGGCCUAAAACCCGAGCAGAUCAAACAACUUGCCAAGGAAGAACUUGACUUGCCGGUCACCAAGCAGGACUUCAUGGAAGCGCUAGCCAAGUGCAACAAGUCCGUGUCCAAGGGAGACAUUCAGAAGUACCUCUCCUGGAUGGCAGAGUUCGGCUCCUCCUGAUUGUGCGACGUCACCGUCCUGAGACACAUCGCAGCACGACGUGUUCACACGUAACGAGCUUCUAUCUCGAACGUCGCUCCACACGAAACACGUUCCUUAUAGAAACUUUACAAACACGAAAAAUUGCCUUAAACUCAAUGUUAUAAAAUAUUUAAGUUAACGAAGUAACAUUCAGACUGUUGCAGUAUUAAUACGGAAAGUAUAAAAUUGAUAGUGGCAUAUCGAAAUUGAUAAUAUUAUAUAUAAGUGAGAAAUCAUCUAUUGACAGUAGAGUGAAACAUUCCGGUUUUCAAAUAAUAUUGUAAAUACGCUUCUAACUCUACUAAUUGCUGGCAUUUUAUUGAUAACUUUCAAGACGAUAUAUUUAUACAAAUCGUGAUCAUAAUUAACUUGAACAUUGUAUAAAGCACAAUAAAAUACUUCGUUCCAUGUACAUAUUAAAUUUAUUAAUUACUAACUGCAUACAAUCGAGCUUACCAAGCAAGAUCUGGCAUCACAUUAAUAUUAUUCAUUAUGUUAUCCCAAAAAUUAAGACCCGUGAUCUUUGUACUUAAAUUAGGUUAAAUUUGAGAUUUGUUUUAUACUUAGAUAAUAGAUUUAUGCCAUAACUAAUUUAUGUGUACUUUUAUAUAUUUUUAAUUAAAAUGCUAUAUUACGUUAUUUUAUGAAAUGAUGAGAUAUAUAUAUUUGGCAUUUAUAUUAUAGAAUUUCGCUCAAUUAAAAUUAGCAUGUUCCCGUGUGAUUAUGUUGCGAGGUGUUUAGAUAUAAAUAUUUCCUGAAGAAGCCACAUUACCACCUCUUUGAGUGAACCUUCAUAUUUUAUUACGAGACGUACUGUUAAUAAAUGUAAAGUAGCAAUAGAAUCUUGUGUUCAUACAGGUACUAAACAAUUGAAAUGGAACAUUAUAUUCGGUAUUAUAACAUUGGUGAAGAUAACAUAUUUUUACAAACAAAGUAACAAAACUUGUAUAACGAAGACAUGAAAAUAAAUCAAAUUUUAAAAUGA